CACACAUACGGCCAGAACCAAAAAAAGCACACUCCUCAACUCCACCGGUGGGGGGGACACAGAUAUCAGAUGAGAUUUGUUUCCAAACGCGCACCGAUGGCGGUGUGAGGCGUUUUGGCUGAGAAGUACGCACGGAGCUGUGGAUUUGUGAACCUUUUUUGUGCGUCUUCUUCCUGUCUGGAUCUUGGUUGAGGGGAAAUAAACAAAGCUAUGGAUUACUCAGUCUGCCUACUUUUACUCCUGUCAACCAUUUCGUGUGUGUCGCCCGGACAAUUCCCAACGGCUCAGAUAAUAAAGGAAUGGGUGGACCAGAUGCAAAAAGAGUUGAUCACAUUAACAGAUACAGCCAGUGGUAUGAAGAACCUUAUACAGAUAUAUCAUAAACACAGUCCUCACUUCACCGUGGAGUCCAACAAUGCAAGGGAACUGGUGGCGACAGCAGCUGGGAAUAUUGAGAAACUCCUGGCUAACCGCUCUGAAGCCUUAAAGAAGCUGGCAAGAGAAGCAGAAAAGUUUCAAAUGGAGCACGAGUGGAGGGACGACAGUGAGGUCGACAAAAUUGUUUACUACAAUGCCAAAGAGGAUCUUAAUCAGACAGAGGAAGAAAAGAGAAAGAACAACCGAUAUAUUCCAGAUGAUUUCGAGAUAGACCCCGACUUCAAACGACUCGUCUCAUACAACACCACCGCCGUCCACAUCCCUACGGAUAUAUAUGAAGGCUCUACCAUCAUUUUGAAUGAGCUAAAUUGGACAGAGGCCUUGGAGGAGGUUUUCCGGAAAAACAAAGAGGAAGAUCCGUCACUCCUCUGGCAGGUGUUUGGCUCUGCCACCGGAUUGGCUCGGUACUACCCAGCAUCCCCUUGGAUGAACUCGAGCAAUUCAGCCAAUAAGAUCGACCUCUACGAUGUACGCAGGCGACCAUGGUACAUUCAGGGGGCGGCGUCACCCAAGGACAUGCUGAUCCUGGUGGAUGCGAGUGGCAGCGUUUCGGGUCUAACCCUCAAACUCAUCCGAACAUCCGUCAGCAAGAUGCUGGAGACCCUCUCUGACGAUGACUACGUGAACGUGGUCUAUUUCAAUGACAAGGCCUCGUAUGCAUCAUGCUUUGAGAACCUGGUGCAGGCCAACGUCCGCAACAAGAGGAUGCUGAAAGAUGCUGUGCAGAACAUCACCGCCAAGGGUAUCACCAACUACAGAGGCGGCUUCGAGCUGGCGUUCGAGCAGCUCGCACAGAUGAAUGUGUCAAGGGCCAACUGUAACAAGAUUAUCAUGCUCUUCACUGACGGAGGAGAAGAGAAAGCAGAGGAGAUCUUUAAAAAAUACAACCCUAAUCAAGCGGUGCGCAUCUUUACAUUUUCAGUGGGUCAACACAACUAUGACAAAGGACCAAUACAGUGGAUGGCCUGCACUAAUAAAGGUUACUACUAUGAGAUCCCCUCUAUAGGUGCCAUCAGGAUCAACACUCAGGAGUACCUGGAUGUUUUGGGCAGGCCUAUGGUUAAGGAUAACAAAAAGGCGAAGCAGGUUCAGUGGACCAACGUCUAUCUGGACGCACUGGAGCUUGGCUUGGUGAUCACUGGAACUCUGCCUGUCUUCAACAAGACCAACACAGGCUCAAAGAAAGCACAGAAAUUUCAAAACCAACUCAUCUUGGGAGUUAUGGGUAUAGAUGUCUCCCUGGAAGAUAUCAAAAGACUGACGCCGCGGUUUACGUUUGGACCAAAUGGCUACUACUUUGCCAUCGACCCCAAUGGAUAUGUGCUGCUCCAUCCUAAUCUCCAGCCACUGACUGCCAAGUUUCAUGAACCUGUAACACUGGACUUCCUGGAUGCAGAGCUGGAGAAUGAGAUCAAAGUGGAGAUAAGAAGAAAAAUGAUCGACGGUCAAACAGGGAAUUACACCAUAUCGACACUGGUGAAAUCCCAAGAUGAGCGUUACAUUGACCUAGGUCAGAGGACGUACACGUUUGCGCCAGUGAAGGGGACAGAUUACAGCCUGGCCCUGGUCCUUCCUGAGUACAGCAUGCAUUACAUUCGGGCCAACAUCGGCGACACCAUCACCCAGGCAAAAUCGUUUGUGGGGAAAAAUGUUUCUGAAAGCCUGCUGGCGGACAAGUUUGAUGAAUAUGGCUAUACAUUUAUUGCACCAAGAGUGUACUGUAAGGACUUAAAGCCACCUGACAAGAACAAAAACAACACUGAGUUCCUCAUGGAGUUCAACAAUUACAUUGACACAAAGACUCCAAACCAUCCCUUGUGUAACGUGGAGCUGGUGAACCGAUUGCUCCUGGAUGCUGGCAUCACCACGGAACUCCUCAAGAUUUGGAAAGAAAAUGAAUUGCAGCAUGGUGUCUUGGCCAGAUUUGUUACCACCGAUGGAGGGAUCACACGGGUCUACCCCAAAAGUGCUGGACUUUCUUGGGAAGAAGAUGCAGAGACGUAUGAGUCCAGUUUCUAUAAGCGAAGUUUGGACAAUGAUUUGUACAUCUUCACUCCAACCCACCUUAAAGAGAACACAAGUGAUGACUCAGUCCUGGUGAGCAGAGCAGUAAACAUCGAGAUUAAUGAUAUCACACUCAAACCAGCUGUGGUCGGUGUGAAGUUGGACAUUAGUGCCUGGAUGGCGAGCUUCAUCAACACCACGCAGAGGAUGAAUUGCAACGAUGAGAUCUGUGGCUGUCAACGGAACGAUCCGUAUAUAGACUGUGUCAUUCUGGAUGACGGGGGCUUCCUGGUGAUGUCCAAUCAAGAUGACGAUAUUGCGAAGAUUGGGCGGUUCUUUGGUGUUAUCGACCCGAUCCUCAUGAAAAAUCUGGUCAACUCGUCCCUGUUCACCUUUAAGAAGACCUUCGACUACCAGUCACUCUGUGACCCCAAGAAAGAGAGCAAGGCGGCUGCAGGCCUGCGAUCCGUCUACGUGCCUACAAUUGCAGAUAUUUUGAAUUUAGGAUGGUGGGCGACAGCUGCCGCCUGGUCAAUACUGCAACAAUUACUGGUCAGCAUCACAUUCCCUAAUUUCCUGGACGCAGCCGAGAUGGAUGAUGAGCUAUCAGAUGCCAUGCUUAAAGAGGUCUGCAUCACAGAGCAAACUCAGUACUACUUUGAGACCAACAACCUGUCUUUCAGAGGCAAUAUCGACUGUGAAAACUGCACCAGGAUCUACCAUGCUGAAAAGCUGCCCAAGACGAACCUGGUCUUUAUCAUUGCUGAUGCAAAACUCACCUGCUCGUCCUGUGACACCAAGCUGUUAAUACAGGAUGAACAGCAGUCUGAUGGUCCUGAUCCCUGCGAACUGGCUCACAAUCCUCGGUACAGGAAAGGGCCCGCCGUCUGUUUUGAUAGCACUGAAAACGAGCAGGACCCUGACUGUGGCGGGGUGUCCAGCCUGAGCCCUUCACUUUGGCUAAUGGUGGCACUUCAGCUGGUGCUCCUCUGGGUUUUGACUGGCUCCAGACACCAUGCCAUCCCGUCAUGACCUCUAAACAUCAUGAUCACAUCGUCUCUCUCUCUCCCUCCGAUAUGUCCAAAAUGGCAACCAGCAUGCAACGCUGCCACCGAAAUGACAAAUGCCUAAUGAGAAGCGCUUGUAACAAACAAACAAAAACCUGUGAGCCCCACGCCCUGCCCGUUUCUUCUUUUGAUACGUUCCUUUUCAGGGGUUUCUCAAAGUGAUUUCACCAGGUGCAAGGGUACAAGUUAUGAAAGAAGUGUGUAAUGGAAGAAAUCGGUUUGAAAGGUGAGAAAGAACUCGACCUAUGCCUAUCCUUCAUCCCGUCAAUGGUUCCCGCCAUCUGAGAUUAAAGGAAUCCAGAGAAUAAUUUUGAUUGGCGACUUUUUCUGGCUUGAUGUCAUUGAUGAAAGAUAUCGGACUGCCUUAUAGUGUCAGAGGGAUUUAAAUCCCAAUGGGGGGGACUUUCUGUUUAUUUAAAUGUUGAGCAGUUUUAUUCACCACUGCCAGAAACAGCGCUGCCCUUUGCAAGCGUAUAUUAUUUUGAAUCGAUUUGCAGUGGCUAGUUAUUAGGUAUUUAUUGUUUUGUGGUUGAGAAUUCAGCUAAGAUUGCAGUAACAGACGCCAAAUUGUUACAUUACAAGCUUAUGCCCUUCAUUUGCCUUCGUUGGGUUGCGGAUAAUAAUGUUGCAGUAUCUCUGAGGGUUCACAAGAUGCAUUGUCUUUACUUUCACCCUGUUGUUCUUUCAUGUAGAUACUGUAUUUGCAGUGUGGAAAUCAUGUUUAUUGUUAUGUUUAUGCACAGACACCAACACUUCAACUGCCACAGAGCGCCUGCUUCUGAGUGUAUGGAUUUUAACUUUGUAGCUGAUCAUCUAACCAUCAGCCCUGAUCAAGAGUGGUCAAUUAUCUGGAUUUCCCACCUUGGUGUUGGAUUGCUCCAAUGAAAACUUUGUUGCCAUAGUGCGCAUUAACUAGUCAGGAUGAGCCUGGCUGGUGUCCUAUGCAUGCUCAUUGGACAAAAUCUCUAGUGCCAUGUGGAUUGUGUGAGUCAGAUGAACCCUUUAGCUUUCUAGACUGUGGCUAGCAUGCUACUCUAUGUUUUAUUGCCACCACUAAAGAAAAGGAACGAGGGAGGUAUCAGAAUUUUAAUUGACAUUUUGGUCAGGAAAAACAGGAACACAGUACAUUUGUAUUUGCUGCUGUCACUUUGUAAAUUAAAUGACUACUAUCUGCACUGCAAUUCAAAGUGCAGCUGUUAUUUGUCUUUACGGAUUGAUCUCCUGACUGAAGCGGAACCUCUGUCUCUUUGUAGUAGUGAGGUUCCCUCUUGCAGUUUAUUAUACUGUGGUAUGAUAUCACCCAGCAGAAACCACUUCAGUCAGUCCAUUCUUAUGAUGCUGUCUACUGCUGUAUUUCAUUGUCUCCAAUAUAAGUUGAUCUUGUUUAAUUUUGUGUGCCUUCUUUUCCAUUAGUUAUAUUUAUAAAACACCCUAACUUAAGUGUGAUGAUGAUGAUUUACUGUAGAUGGUUUAAUUCAAAUAGUGUAAUCUUGUUUGCCAGAGCACAGAACAGUUCGGAUUUAUUAACAAAUGCUCGAAUCAGCCAAACCACUACUGCAGAGGAAAAGAAAUCUGUCAAAAUAAUAAAUAAUAACCAAUGGACCAAAUCCAGACUAUUAACGCUGCUAAAUAUUAAUAUGGAACUAAUUAUAAUAAAUGAUUAAUUAACUAUCAGCAAGGAUUAGAGUAAAUAACUCACUUUAUAAAUUUCAAAAAUAUGAAUCCAUCCCGAAGAUGCAAUAUGUAGAAAAGGACAUGAUGUCUUGUUGCGGUUAAUUAAUCUAUUUACACAAUUUAGAGAACUAAAAGACAUAAAUUCAAUCAGGCAGGAAAUAAUAUGUCAGGCAGGAAACUUGGCUGUCAUUGUUGUAAAAAUAAGCUUUAAAUCCUUAAUACAAAAAUGUAAUUUUUACUUAAACCAGCUGCACUUGAUGGUUUGUUUGUCACGGCUGUCGAUGAGUAAUUCCACAAUUGGUUCCAGGCAAGAAUUGACAAUCACAGGUUAAAAUAAAAAAAGAACAUAGAAACCUAAAAGAACCUUUAUGUUACAACUGUUUAGUGAUACUUCAAGGAUGUACUCCAUGGUUUUACCCGAAAUCCCCAAACUUCCUUCUAACAUUUUAAAUUUAAGAUUCAAAACAACAGAGGAAGUAAUUUUGGGAUUUCGGGGGAUGUUAUGUACACCACUGAAAACAAAAACCAGGGAGUGCAUCUUUUCUAAUCUAUAAACACUGAUGCAUGUUUGCAGGAAACUACUUAAUUCUGUGGGGGAGUGAAAACCACAGAAACUAAGCUGUGUGCACCACAUUGCCACUAACAUUUGUCUCACCCUCUUCUGAAUUUUAGAUAAAUAAUUAUUGUGACAUCAUACUGAAGAAUGUCAGGUUUUAUAUUAUAAGCAUUCCUCCAAGUCAAAUCAAGGAGUGUUUGUUUGUCCGUCUCAUUUUGUGACAAAGCUCCACCACCACCAUCAUAACUUUCCACUGGUGUGAGGUGCACUUUUUUCUAUCAAUGUUUUCCUCUAUCUUAAACUAUAACCUUCCAACAAAAACAAUGUGGUGAAACUAACAAUGGUAUUUAUGCUCCUCCUCCUUACUAACACUCAAGAAUAUCAAGUGCCAUAUAGGACUCUCUUAUUCUCUUGUGGAGAAACCUAUUAUCGUAAUAUAACAUUUAUGCAAUUUACCAAGGUAAGAUGUAAGUCUAAUAAAAUUGUUUCCCUGUGCUGCAUGGUAGUGGCUGACAAUUUGAUUUAAAAAAAAAAAAAA